AUGAGGUUAUCGAAGCUGACCAGAGCAUUGUUACCCACAAAUCAAGUCAUCUCACGAGACCGUCAUGCAGAAGCCCAGGCGGUUCUGAAAAGAUUACACGAUGACCACGAAGACCCGCUCUUCUGGGAAAAGGAGUAUCUGCAAAUAUCCGCGCAGCUGGCUGAAGAGGCCAGAGAGAAAGCCACAAGCUCUUGGGUCCAUAUACUCACCAACAAGAAAGAAUUAAAGCGAACUUUGGUCGCGAUCGCGGCACUCACCUGCCUGCAAACAAACGGCGCGCAGACUAUCCAAGUAUAUCAGUCAGUGCUUUACUCAAAGUUGGGCUUUUCCGUUGGUCAAACGUUGCUGAUGGCCGGUGUUUUCCAAAUCAUCUUGACCGUAGGCUGUCUUCUGGGCUUGUUCUUGGUCGAUCGAGUUGGUCGAAGAAGACUCUUUCUGGGCAGCUUCAUUGUCCUGUCAAUAUGUCUCAGCUAUGGUAAGGGAGGGGUGGCAAUGGUCAUGAUCUUUAUCUUCUUCUUUGGGUCUAUCUCCGGAACACCUUAUGCAUAUGCCGCAGAAGUCUUAGCCACCAAGAAUAGGGCGACCGGAUUUGCCAUGGGACUCUUCAGCUCCAACGCGAUCACCAUUGUAUUCACUCAGACUGCGCCAAUAGCCUUGGAAGCAAUCAGCUGGAAGUUUAAUUUCGUUUUCAUCGGAUGUAACCUCGUCUUCUUCCCCAUCGUCUUCUUUUACUUUCCUGAGACCAAAGGCCUGACAUUAGAAGAGGUCAAUUCGGUCUUUGGGGAGAAGGUCCAGGUGCAGCUUUCCAGCAUUAGCCACGAAGCAGCGGAAAAACAAGUCAUCCAAACAACUGAAAUCAUAAAGUCCGGGGCGUCAGCCUGA